GCCACGAGGAGGAAAAAAUAGAUUUUUUUUCCUCUGUCCUCCUCACAAUUUCCCCACGGGCUGGAAAGCAACUGAUCCUCCUCUUUUCUUUUUCUUCUUUCGCCAAUCCGUCGGUUGGAAUCGAUUUCGAAUCGCGCGGCCAGGCGCCCGGCGGAGAUCGCCGGACCUUCUCGGAGCUAAGCGAAUCGAGAAGCCACUUGCUAGGAGCCUAGAGUGUGCCUGAAUUUCUGUUACCACUUCUCCUGACUAGCCAACUUAUAAUGGGAUGGGGAAACAUCAUAACCAGACGGCUCAAAGUUUUCUCCAUGGCACUGCUUAUCUACUUUGACUAUAAGGCAGUUCAGAAGAGAGUUCAAUGGGUUAGCACUGGUAAAAAGAGUGCUAUGUGGGCGAAAACACAUGAGAGAAAUGCUCGCCGUGUCCUCAACCUGAUGAUAGAAUUAGAAGGUUUAUGGGUGAAAAUGGGCCAGUAUUUGUCCACAAGAGCAGAUGUGCUUCCUGAACCCUACAUAAAUGUCCUCAAGCAAUUGCAGGAUUCACUUCCUCCACGCCCUUUCAAAGAGGUUCGUGGAACGAUAGAGAAAGAACUUGGAAAAUCCAUGAGUGAUCUUUUUGCUGAUUUUGUCCUGGACCCUCUUGCAACUGCCUCAAUAGCACAAGUUCACCGGGCAACUCUGGCAGAUGGAAGAGAAGUAGUUGUCAAAAUUCAGCAUGAUGGUAUCAAAGAGAUCAUAUUAGAGGAUCUGAAGAACGCAAAAUCAUUGGUUGAAUGGAUAGCGUGGGCAGAACCUCAGUAUGAUUUUAACCCAAUGAUUGAUGAAUGGUGCAAGGAGGCACCAAAGGAACUUGAUUUUAACCAUGAAGCAGAGAACACUAGGACCGUCUCCAGGAAUCUUAGUGACAGAACUGACUGUGGGAGUGGCAGUAUUUCCAGUGCUGUUGAUGUACUGAUUCCAGAAGUUCUUCAGUCAACUGACAAGGUUCUAAUUCUGGAAUAUAUGAAUGGGAUUCGCUUAAAUGACAAUGAUUCGUUGGAAGCAUAUGGUGUUGAUAAGCAAAAACUUGUUGAAGAGAUAACCCGUGCAUACGCUCAUCAAAUAUACAUUGAUGGCUUCUUUAAUGGUGACCCUCACCCUGGGAAUUUUCUUGUGAGCAAGGAACCUCCGCAUAAACCGAUUCUCCUUGACUUUGGGCUCACUAAGCGCAUAUCAAAAUCUAUGAGGCAGGCACUAGCUAAGAUGUUUUUGUCAUGCGCAGAGGGAGAUCAUGUGGCACUGCUGUCAGCAUUUGCAGAGAUGGGGCUCAAACUGCGGGUUGACAUGCCCCAGCAGGCUAUGGAUAUUGCCACAGUAUUCUUUCGCCAGUCAACUACUGCAAAUGAAGCAAAGGAAAACAUAAAGGCACUCAAUGACCAAAGAGAACGAAAUGUCAAAGCUCUUCAAGAAAAGAUGAAACUGAACAAGAAGGAGGUUCAACGUUUUAAUCCUGUGGAUGCUUUCCCUGGGGAUGCAAUAAUAUUUAUGAGGGUCUUGAAUCUUCUCAGAGGUCUUUCAGCUUCACUAAAUGUUAGGAUAGUUUAUCUAGACAUCAUGAGGCCGUUUGCUGAAUCAACUUUGCUAGGGAGUUUAACGCACGGGCAAAUACCAAAUAGUCAGUGGAUUUAUGACUCACCUGCUAACUCUGAUUUGGAGUCUAAACUGAGAAAUUAUCUGCUUGAGUUGGGAAGUGACAAAAUUUUAGGAAUACAGAUCUGCGCAUAUAAAGAUGGAAAGGUCAUAAUAGAUACUGCUGCUGGUAUGUUGGGGAAGUACGAUCCACGACCUGUUCAACCUGAUUCUCUCUUUCCUGUUUUCUCAGUGACUAAGGGUAUCACUGCUGGGAUGGUACAUUGGCUUGUCAACAAAGAGAAGUUGAAGUAUGAGGAAACAGUUGCCAACAUAUGGCCAAAUUUUGGAAGUAACAGAAAGGAGCUAAUAAAGGUGCAUCAUCUUCUAAAUCAUACAUCUGGUUUGCACAAUGCACUGGGAGAUGUGGUGAAGAAUGAUCCUUUGUUGAUAUGCGACUGGGAAGAGACACUAAACCAGAUUGCCAAGUGUACACCUGAGACCGAACCUGGUUUGGCACAAAUUUACCAUUACCUAUCAUUUGGUUGGUUGUGUGGCGGAGUCAUAGAGCAUGCAUCCGGGAAGAAGUUUCAAGAGGUUCUAGAAGAGGCUAUUGUUCGCCCUCUUCACAUUGACGGGGAGCUAUAUAUCGGGAUUCCACCAGGUGUUGAGUCUCGUCUGGCUGCGCUGACAAUUGACACUGAGGAACUUCAGAAGCUAUCAGGAAUCAGGGCAGGGCCAGAUAUUCCACAAGAAUUGCUGAGCAAUGUCGCGCAAAUGGCAUCCGGUGUACCGGUUCUGUUCAACACGCUAAAUGUUCGCCGAGCCAUUAUUCCUGCUGCUAAUGGCCACUGCUCUGCUCGAGCACUUGCUCGAUACUACGCAGCACUUGCAACUGGUGGUUCAAUUCCUCCGCCACACUCUGCUGACUCCAAGCCGCCCCUUGGCAGCCAUGUGCAUACCCCCAAGUUCCCUACGGCUCCACUCAAGAAGAAAAAAGGCGCUGGAAAGAAGGGUGUCAGUUCCACAGGAAAUCUCCAAGAUGGGAGCAACACCGACAAGAAUGGAUACAGCCAGCUACGCACCAGUGAUGUCGACGACGAUGCAGCAGCAGCAGGAAGCGGCAGCAGGAUCUUCAGCAGUGACAAGAUCCUCGACGCGUUCAUGGGCGUCGGCGAAUACGAGAGCAUGGUACACCCAAAUGGCAAGUUCGGGCUUGGGUUCAGGAGGUACACCCACUCCAGCAGCACGCUGAGGUGCUUCGGGCACUCUGGGAUGGGCGGGUCCACCGGGUUUUGUGACGUUGAGAACAACUUCGCCAUCGCGGUGAUGGUGAACAAGAUGUCACUGGGAAGCGUCACGCGCGGCAUUGUCCGGUUCAUCUUGGAGGAGCUGGGUCUGCCUGUGCCCGACGAGUUCUCGGUAUCAGGGGAGAAGGGGCCUGACAUGGUGCUUAACCUUGCACAACCUCAGCAACAGAGAUGACGACGACGAUGACAAAGCAAAGCUGAUGUGAUUGUGGACUUACCACUUCGGUAGCUUCUGUUGUGAAACUAGACAGUGAAAUAGGAAACGAGAAAAAAAUACAGAAUUUCACGGUAUGUAUUAUACACACGCAUGCCAUUUUGAUUGUGAUGUGGCAUGUAAAAAACUCCGCAGACUGCUUUCCUUUGGCAGAAUCUACUGUGUAAAUUUUACGAUCAAAGAAAAUGGCAAGCUGGUAUGGUGAAUUACAGAA